AGACUAGAAAGAAGGAGAGUCAACUCCGUACAUUAGAAAUGGGACAAAAUAUGUCCUGUACCUCGAGCUUCUCAAAUUCGCCAAUUUGGCGCUGAUUGUUCUCAGCCGUACUUAUGCGCUAACUAUUUUGAAUUAAUAUUGUUAUAGCGCAGAUUCGUUUGGGAUAGCGUUUUUUAUUUUUUUUUUUUCUGUCAUGUAAUUUAUAUACAUGUUUUAUAUCAAAAUUAUACGUAAAUAUUUCACGAGUUUGUUGCAUCAAAAAGUGCUCGGAAAACCAAAAACAAGAGUGAUUUGACGGCUUUUUCAGAUACCAAAAGUAAGAUGCUCGUGUAACAUGGCUUAAUGUGAUAGUUGUUAACAAUUUUUGUGAACUAUAUUUUCAAGAAGAAGAUAUAAUUUGAUUAUUUCAUACAAUAAAUCCCAAACAUUGUUGAUAAUGUCAAUAGUGAGACCAAAACGUAGAUGUGCAGCAAGACAAACAUAAUCAUAGUUUUGAUGAUUCAUGUGCUGUAUUAUCUAAGUCAGCAACUCAAAAAUCGCGUGAUGCUGCAGAUGAAAAAUAAUUAAUUUUUGUAAUGUUGACAAACAAAAUUUAUUGUCAAGUGAACAAGUUGAUAUGAUUUUAUUACAGUAAUAUUUUUUAUGUUACUUGUUAAUUUUUAAAAACGUUACUUAUCGAUCAUCAUCACCCAGUAAAUUUUUUUGUCUGUUUAAUAUGGAUCAAUAAAUUGAUAAACCUGAUAUAUUCCUUUGACAUUGCUCUAAGAUGAUCGAAUAAUAAACCUGCGCUAUAACAAUGUUUAUUAAAAAUAGUUAGCGCAUAAGUACGGCUGAGAACAAUCAGCGCCAAAUUGGCAAAUUUGAGAAGCUCUAGGUACAGGACAUAUUUUGUCCCAUUUGGCCUAUCCCCCACUACAGGGAGUUGACUCUCCUUCUUUCUAGUCUUCUUGAGUAUCCUAAAGGCUAAAAUGCUCCAAAAGAAAUAUAAAUUGUGGUAAAUUGCCGGAAAAGAAUACCUUGAGGGUCCACUGUGCACUAGUCAAGUCACUAGAUAGUUGGUUACAAAACAUUACAAAAACAAGAGAAAAAAAAGUUACCAGAUAUUUCCAGACUUCUCACUACAGCAACACUAAAUUAACAAUCCCGCCUAUUCAAUAAAAUAUGGCUGCCGUAUUUGUUGUCUGAUUCUCGUAUGCAAUUCAAAGAUAAACGGAAAAUAAUUGAGGGAAUAUUGCUCUAAUUAAUAUUAUAAAUGUUCUUGAUAUAAACUUUAAACAAUAUACAUUUUUUGAAAAUAAAAUAUUAAAGACUUGAUUAAUAAUUAUUAAAAUGCCUCGCACGAAGCAAGUACGAGCAAGACCAAGUAGUCUGGCAAAAUCAGCUGAGAGUGAAUCAUUGCUCAAAGAUUUUGAAUAUCAUUCAAACAUGCAUUAUCAUAAAUUAGAAACUGAUUUUAAUAAUUUCCUACAAAAUUUGGAAAAUCAAAUUGACCUUGCUACAUCACGUAUACCAUUGGAAAUUCGUAAAAUGACAAUUGGACAACUUCUUGAAUCAGAUUUACAAGAAAAUGAUUCUGAUGAAAUAAUGUCACCAAAAAACAACAAUGAACGGUUAAUGGUUCCACCAUCAACUGUUAAAAAGUUGAAGAAAAAAACAAUAAAACGUCAAACAGCAGCAUCAUCAAUGGAUGAUGGUUACGUUACUGAAUCAACAACAAGUCAAACAAAACAUUCGUCAAGAAUUGAAAAUAAUCGUGCAUCAUCAUCAUCAACAUUAUCAUCAGCUUCAGUACCAUCAACAGCUACAACUAAGACUGGACGAACAACACGUAGUAGUUCCAAAGGCCCAGUACGUGUUCCACUAAAAGAUAAUGAAACAUCAACACGUAAACGUGGUUCAUCUGCAUCAAGAAUGAACAGUAAAAUGUUUACACCAGCUGUAUCAAAGCCUAAAACAGAAUAUGAUUGUGUUACUCCAAAAGUCAAACCAAAUACACCUCUCAAUAUGUUAAGACGUCCAAAAGAUGGAGAAAUGGUACUCAGUAUGCAAGGAAGUCCAAUUCUUGUUUCAGCAAUUAUUCAAGAAAGAACUGCAAAUAUCAAUGUUCCACUUAGCAAUGGCAACAUCAUAUCAUUGCUGCCAAAUGAUGGUCUUCGACUUUCACAUAUGCCACAUCUUGAUGAAGAAACCAAGAGGCAACUUAAGACUCUCAAGGGUCACAUUGAAAAAGUUAUCGGUCAUCAUUGAUGAAUUUGUUAUCAUUUGCAGUCCGGUAUACAGUUUUUUUUUUUCUUGUGAUGUUUGUUGUGUAUUGGAUGCAAGUUGAAUAGCUUUAAUAUAUUGGGAACAAAUAAAAAAAAAAAAAACAUGACAUAAAUUAAAGUAUCUUGUAUGAAAAUAUUUAAAUUUGUCAAAGCUACUUUUUGAUAAUAAAUUUUCUUUUAAUUGCUUUGCCAUAUUAAUAUUUUGUAAUAAAUUUUUUUUUUCAUCAUUUUAUCAAUACAUCUAUGUUGUUUAUUUUUUUCAAUACACAAAACACUAUUUAAU